AUGGCAAGUUUUGAGGAAGCGCCUUCGGUGUCGACCGCUUGCGUGGCUGAUCUGGUGUCAUCUUUGGACCCUUCAGUUUGGGAGCAUGCCCAGAUUGAAGAGCUGAAAGCUUUGCUGGCAAAUAAGUUGGGUGGCGUGGGCAAAGCGAGCGCUUCGAGCGCUUGUGUCGGCAUGCCAUUGCCUUGGGGAUGCGAUGUCCUGCGGAAUAACAUCGCAGCUUUGGUUUGGUUGGCAGCGUGUGCCUUUCGAUUGCAAACGGAUGUCGAGAAGCAGAAACUGCUGCGAGAUUGCAAGCCAAAGUUGAAGAGGGUGCUGCAGGGUUUACAGGAGCCUGCGGCAUAUCUGCAAGUGCCACCUGCGGUGGUAGAAAAUUGCCCAGCUGCGUUGCUGGCGAAUGCGUACCCGGCAGGGUUUUUGCCCUAUACUCCGCCUGGGUGGUCUUAUGAGCAUUAUGAACAACUGGUGCGUAGGUAUCCGUUGCGUCACAGAAAGCAUGCAGAUGCCGCACCACCUUCAACGUCUGAGGGAUGUGGCUUCUUCGAGAUGGGCAGAUUACUGGCAGGAUUUGCUGAGGGAAAUGCCUUUGGCCGUCAAGGCUCUGUGGCUAGCGUCUCUUCCCAUGCAAGCAUUGCAGAGGACGUACUUCCACGGGUUGAAGUGCAACCCAGCAGCUUUGCCGCUGUGCCGCAGCCACUUGUGCCGCAGCCACUGUUGGCGCUGGAGGAUGCACCAGCUGCAUCUGUGUCAAAGACGGUGGCACCGUCGAGCGCGGCACAGGAGCUUGAACAGCUGCGUGCUGAAGUGCCAGGCCGUGAUGCGCCGGAAUCUCCUGCAGCUGCCAUGAAGCGACCUGCAGCGAGGAGUCAGGCGUCAAAGGCAAAGCCGAAUAAGUCAGAGUGGAUCUGCGGGAUUUUUAAUGCGGGGUCUGCGGGAUCCCAGAAGAAAGCGGACGAGAUGAAGGGAUCUGCGGGAUCCAAAGCGGAAGCAUCAAAGAAGAAGGCAGUCAAAAAAAGCUUUUGA